AUGUUCCAGCUGCCCAUCCUCAAUUUCAGCCCGCAGCAGGUGGCCGGGGUAUGCGAGACCCUGGAGGAGAGCGGGGACAUCGAGCGCCUGGGGCGCUUCCUCUGGUCCCUGCCCGUGGCCCCCGCGGCCUGCGAGGCGCUCAACAAGAACGAGUCGGUGCUGAGAGCCCGGGCCAUCGUGGCCUUCCACACGGGGAACUACCGGGAGCUCUACCACAUUCUGGAGAACCACAAGUUCACCAAGGAGUCCCACGCCAAACUGCAAGCCCUCUGGCUGGAAGCGCACUACCAGGAGGCGGAGAAGCUGCGGGGCCGACCCCUGGGGCCGGUGGACAAGUACCGGGUGAGGAAGAAGUUCCCGCUGCCCCGCACCAUCUGGGACGGCGAGCAGAAGACACAUUGCUUCAAGGAGCGGACGAGGCAUUUGCUGCGGGAGUGGUACCUGCAGGACCCUUACCCCAACCCCAGCAAAAAGCGGGAACUGGCUCAGGCCACGGGACUUACCCCCACGCAAGUGGGCAACUGGUUCAAAAACCGCAGGCAAAGGGACAGGGCAGCAGCGGCUAAGAACAGGCUACAGCAGCAGGUCCUAACGCAGGGCUCGGUGCGCUCGCUGCAAGCCGAGGAGGAGAGCGGCGGCGAGGCGGUGGGGGCCGCCUCCAGCCCCGCAGCCAGCCUCUCCAGCAAAGCGGCCACCUCCGCCAUCUCCAUCACAUCCAGCGACAGUGAAUGUGACAUCUGA